UUUUUGCUUUUCAUUAAUGACCUACCAGAGGUCAUUCAGUCAAAAUGUUUCAUUUAUGCCGACGACACAUCCAUAUAUGUGCCCGUUCAAAAGUCCGAGGAUAUUGCAGUAUCAAACUUAUUACUACAGCGUGACUUGGAUAAUGUUUACGACUGGUCAAGAGUAUGGGGCUUAAAUUUCAAGCCCUCUAAAACCAAAGAAAUUAUUUUCUCCAAAUCUGGUCGAGCCUAAAGAAAUUACCCUAUUUUGACCUUAAGCGACAGAGAAAUAGAGAGAGUAAAACACCAUAAACACCUUGGCGUUAUCUUAGAUAACCACCUUGAUUUCAAAGAACAUAUAGAUCAGCUUAAAUUAAAAAUAGACAAAAUGCUAAAUCCUUUAAUCGCUUUAAAAAAUAGAAUCUCAUCCAAACAUCUUGAAAGAAUGUACCUAUCUUUUAUUUUGCCUAAAAUAGAAUUCGGCUCUAUCUUUUACAACUGCGCACCCAACUAUGCUUUAAUCACACUCGACAGGCUGCAUUAUAGAGCAGCCUUAGUAGUGACUGUGGCCAUAAAGGGUUCCUCCGAGAUCAAAGUUCUAUCCGCUUUAAUUUGGAAAUCUUUAAGUGAAAGAAGACAAGAAAAAAUGGCAACUCUUAUGUACAAAGUUACCAAAAACAAAGUCCCUCGCUAUGUUCAUGACAUAUACAGAAAUCUUCAAAAUCCUGGGGUAGAGCGUGCUCUUCUUGCCCGACACGAAUACAACAUUCCUGCUAGAUCAUCCACAAAAUUCACAAAUUCACCAGCCAUUGCACCAAUAAGAAUAUGGAAAACUAUCUCUUUUGACGUCAAGAACAGUCCUUCAAUAUCAGCCUUUAAGUCACGUUACAAUAAAUGGAAAUAUAACCCCAACCCCCGUUCAGUGCUGACCACAAAACUAAACCUCAAAAGAUCUAUCGAAAUUAAAUUGAAUCGUAUCCGAGUUGACCUGGCAUCCAGAGCAGAUUUUUACAGACACAAUUUUAAAGAGUUUACAGAUCCCAGUUGCCCCUGUGGAUAUCAACAGCAAACUAAGUCUCAUUUACUCCUUGAUUGCCCUCUAUCGAAUGGAGCCAGAGAAGUUUUUACCCAAAACCUGAAGGAGCUGCCUAGCUUUAAUUAUAACAACUUUGCCACUUUAACAAAGUCUAGUAAAAUCAAGAUUAUGCUUUUUGGAGAUUGUAAACUUUCAGAUGAAUGUAACAAAGAAAUUACCAAUUUAUCAGCAAAUCUUAUAGACAAAAUCAUCUGAUACUUUAUAAAAAUUCAUGAUCGUAAGGACAAAGUGCAACCCAUCUUUCAUCAAUCAUUAUCAUUCAUUCCUUACAUUUCCCAUAAGGACUAUGUAACUCUUAUAAAAGACAUGACACAUGUUUUGAGAACCAUUAUAAAUAUAUGUUAAUUUGCAAAUUUUAUAAAGGGAGGCCAAUAAUGUAAUGUUUUACCUAGGCCUUCCUAGUAUGUUAACAAGUGUAUAAUCUUAUUGCAAAUAAAUAAAACUUAACCUUAAAAAAAAAAUAAA